CCAAAUAUGGAGUUCGCUCGUUUUCCCAACCGUCCUCCCUUCGAACCUUAGUAGCUCUCAAUUUUAAUUUUAUUAUUAAAUUGGAAACAAUUCAAAUGAAUUUGUUGUGCUUUUUUGUGUAGCUGUUAUAAUUUCUUCUUACGUUUAAAAAUGUCGUUUAGAGUGGUUCGUAGUUCUAAAUUCCGUCACGUUUACGGUCAGCCGUUAAAAAGAGAACAGUGUUAUGAUAACAUUCGCGUAUCUAAAAGUUCUUGGGACUCGACGUUCUGUGCGGUGAAUCCGAAGUUCCUGGCCAUCAUCGUUGACUCUGCUGGUGGUGGAGCAUUCAUAGUUCUGCCACAUAACAAGGUGGGACGGAUCCCCCCAGAUCAUCCGCUCGUCGGCGGCCACAAGGGCCCCGUGCUCGAUAUCUCCUGGUGCCCGCACAACGACAACGUCAUCGCGAGCGGCUCCGAGGACUGCGUUGUCAAGGUAUGGCAGAUUCCGGACGGAGGCUUGUCCCGUACGCUCACAGAGCCAGUAGUAGACCUUGUAUACCACCAGCGCCGCGUGGGGUUGGUGCUGUGGCAUCCCACGGCGCAGAACGUGCUGCUCACGGCCGGCUCCGACAACCAGAUCGCAAUAUGGAACGUGGGCACCGGCGAGGUGCUGAUAAGCCUGGACUGUCACCCCGACCUCAUAUACUCGGCCUGUUGGAACUGGACGGGCUCCAAACUGCUCACCACUUGCAGGGAUAAGAAAAUCAGGAUAAUAGACCCUCGCAAAGGAGAGGUGGAAUCGGAAGCCAUAGCGCACGAGGGAAGCAAGGCGUCCAGAGCUAUAUUCCUUAAACAUGGACUGGUCUUUACAACUGGUUUCAGUCGCAUGUCGGAGCGACAGUACUCGCUGCGUACACCAGACGCGCUGGCCGAGCCUAUAGUGACAGUGGAGAUCGACACCAGCAACGGUGUCAUGUUCCCGCUCUAUGACCCCGACACCAACCUGGUCUACCUCUGCGGGAAGGGCGACUCCGUCAUACGAUACUUCGAGGUUACACCGGAGCCACCGUUCGUGCAUUACAUCAAUACCUUUCAGACGCCCGAUCCACAGAGAGGUAUUGGCAUGAUGCCGAAGCGGGGAUGUGACGUCGCCACCUGUGAGAUAGCUAAGUUUUAUAGACUCAACAAUUCAGGACUGUGUCAGGUGGUGUCAAUGACAGUGCCGCGAAAAUCUGAGCUGUUCCAAGAAGAUCUCUAUCCAGAUACUCUCUCCGACGAAGCCAGCCUCACUGCUGACGAGUGGCUCGCAGGCGAAGAUGCCGAGCCGUGUACCAUGUCGCUCAAGGAACGAGCGCUGGUGGUGCAGGGAGGGUACGUGAGCGGGCGAGCCACGCAGCUCACGGUCACCCGGCGGACCAACGCGCUGGCCACGGGCCGCGACCGCGACCGUGACCGCGAGCGCCGCGACCGCGACCGUGACGACGACGCUCGCUCGCCCACGCCGGCCGCGCGCGCCGACAGCCACGCGGGCACGCCGGCAGCCUCCACGCCGCCGCCCGCCGUCCCCGCCGUCACCGCCGCACUGGAGAAACAGAUGUCUGAUCUAGUAGAAGAGAUACGCAAGUUGAAAUCAGUGAUAGUGAAGCAGGAGAACCGCAUCCGAGCGCUCGAGGCGACCGUGAAGGCGAGCCUGGUGCCUCCCGAGCCGUCUCCCGUGACCGUGCUGACGCCCGCGAGUACGCCUGUUACCGCGAGCACGCCCGUCACCUCCACCACGCCCGAUCACAACCACGACGACGGCAUGGCGCCGGACGAAGUCUGAACCCCCUGACCUGAAGUCUUAUUUAAUGAUUUUUCGAGGGUAGUUUUAGAUUUUCAUUUCCAGCCCGAGCGCGAUACCUUGAGACCCGUAGAGUAUAGUUAAAGUUAUGCAAUUUGAGUAACGGCAGCGGUGGAUGGUAUACAUCAGUUACUUCUGGCAACUCAUCCGACCACAAACUGAGUUAACUGAGCAACAACAAAUACUCCAAGAAAGAGACUGUGACUACACCAUUUCUAGGUCUCAAGUUAGUAGCUUGCUUUCAAUUUUCACUAUCUUUGCUAUUUAGGAAAUAUUUUUCUAUUUGUUGUAAUAUCCUUGUUUUUAUUUGAAUUUUAUCUUUAUUUUAUAAACAAUCGAUACAUUAUUUAACAAAAAAACCUUAUCCCGAAAAAUCAUUAUUAUAUUGACUUGCACUACAUAUAAAUAGAUAGUCAAUAGUUGGUAAGUGAUUUAAUCGUAGCUUCAGUAUUUAAACAUCAAUUGGUCUCUGUCUUUUUAAGAUGUGUUUGCAAAGGUGCGAAAGGGAGGACGCAUUGCCUGGACAAAAUUUAUUUUAGAGAUUUUUGAAUAGUGUAAUGAAUUUUAUAAAUCUAUUAUCAUUUACAAUAAUAUUUUGGAGAUUUGAAGUAAAAAAAAGUAAUUUAUUUUAGGAGUACGAUGAUAAUAAGUCGCAAUAUUAUUUUAUCUCUUAUGUAUUUAACUGUAUUUUCUUUUUAGUGUUUAAGCAAAAUGUGACUGGAGUAAAUGAGCUAUAGAAUAUUAACUAUUUUGGUCAUUUAUUAUAGACUGUUGUUGUAUGACAAUGUAAACAACAACCACAAUAUGGUAUCUUACCUUUCAAUGUCAUUUAUUAAAAAAAUAUUAGCAUGUAUAAUGUAUAUAUAAACUAAUGAAAUAUGUUAAUCUCAAAUAUUGAGAAUCAUGCAAUAACUUUUAUGUUUGGCUAUUGGUGUAACGGUGCCACACAGUUUUAUAUAUUAUCUGCCUAUGCCAAUAUUGCUUUUUAAUUAACCUUCAGAUGUGUGUGAUUUGAUCACACUUCGACAGUGUUUUGACAGCUAGUCAUGUCAGAUUGGCAUUUGACAGAGGCGCUGUCAUUGUCUUGACAGCAUUAGUAUUAUAGUCUCAAUUAGUAUUAUAACACGACUAUCGUUUUAAUAUAAUUUUUAAUAUUUUAUAAUUGUAAGAUGGCGUAUUUUUAGAUGUUCAUUUGUAUGUAAUUGUAAAAUCAUGACAAGGCAGUGUAUGGUAUAGUUUAUAAGAAAUGCUCGUGUUAGAGCCGAUACAUACCAAUGGCUUAUAAUGGCAUGAUAUUUCGUGCCACUAGGCAGCUAAUGCGUGCAAUUCACGCGUGGUAGAAGUGAAACUUUCAAAAAUUUUGUUUUCAAGAUAUGAUACAAAGUUUGAUAAUUGUUGUACAUUUUAUUCGUAUAUAUUACAUAGAUUUAUUCAGAUACAUAGCUUACAUUUUGGAUACAAGAGGCUUAAGGUAACUAAAGAAUGAAAUAAAUACUUUGGAAUUAAUAUGGUCAAUAUAUCUUUUGAAUACUGCAUCAAUUACUGUUUUUGAUCUUGUGACAGUGCGACUGCUGCACAUUUUCAAAUUUAAUUGCGUCCAAAAACUCAAUCAACGUAAUCGCUGUAUCCGAUAAAAAAUUUACCUCUAAACUGUAUAUGAAGUCCUGGCACAUGUUGCUAGGAUGACACAUGAUUUCAACCGCUAUGAAAGACAUUACUAUUACCACUACCAUAUUCUCCUGGUGUCUAUGUAGUAAUACGUCGACGCAUGACGUCAGAAUAUAGGUAUACUCGCGUCAUACAUAAGACAAUCCCUUCAUCAAUAUGAUCGCCUUUAGUGUAAAAUGUUUCCUAUCUCACUCUCUCGUCGGCUGAAUCCUAUACAUCUACCCGUUUGUGUCGCUGUCGUCUAUUUCGUUUCAUGGAGUAUCAAAUCACAACGAUUCAAAAGAAGUUUCACUUCAAUGAAUUAUUUAAAAAUGAACAAACCAUAAUUAUCUAAAUAAAUAUCAUGCCAUAGCUUUGGCUGGCUGUGUGUGAGGCUAUAACGUGUAACCGUAAGUUAUUUUUAUGUAAAUUAUUGCGCGGCUUUUUUAUGUGAAGCUUGAGUUAUUUUUGUAUUAUUUUGUUUUCUAUUGCUAAUAAUUUUAACGCGUAAGCGCAGGAAAUAACGAGCUAUAUGUACUUAUUGUAAAAUUUAUAUUUGUGAGGGUAGAUAUGAGUUAUAGUUUUACGAUUUAAUGUUACCACGAAUCUUGGCGCGGCUGAUACAAUAGUUAUAUGAUCAGUUAGUUAGAUAUGGAUUUGAGGUUUCGUUUUCUAUAAUACUUGAAGAUAUCUAAACUAAAACUAUAUUUAUAGCGCUAUUAUAAACUUAUAUGGAAACAUAGUUUUAUUAUGUCCUCGCUUCGUGGUAAAUUAAUGUCAUUAUACAUUUUCUAUGUACGUCUUGAAGUGCCAAAUAUUUCGAAUAUUCAUAUGAGCUAUUGGUGAAGCGUAUUUUGUGUUUCUUUGUGUAUAAGAAUAGUACUGUUACAUUUUGAUACCUUUUAUAUAAAAAAUUGACUUUUAUGUCGUUUUUCUUUUUUUUAACAAUAACAGGCACAGAGCAGAGUGUUGUGUGUAUAAUAUGAUGUAUCGCGAUUCGCGACUCCAUUGUCAAUUUUAUAAUCCGUUCAGACUGACAUCUUUUUGAUAAAUAUCGCAAAUUAUCCGGCCGGCCUUCUGCUCAUUCCGAUCACAGAACAACAGCGAUUUAAUAUAAUCAAUAAUUACGUUUAAAAAAGUCUAGUAAUCGCUUAUUAUAAUUAUAAUCAAAUGACGCGGUUGUUAAUAAUUGCCUAGCGAAAUUCUCUAAGAAAAAAGCGAGUUACUCGAUUGAAGCGUGCAGUGAUUAACAGAUAACGAAUGUAAUCUUGUAAGGAAUGGAGAUAGCUGGAAUCCACUACGUUUUAAGAAACUCUUCGCUGUCAAACUUAGCCGGAUUAUACCUUGUCACCAUUUUGUAAUAACUAUUUCAAUUUUAUGUCAAAUUACUGCACAUACUAAAUUAAAUUUAAAUUUUACAUAGGCAGUCCCGUUGUUAUUAUGUAGUAUUUACAUCCUCUUUGGUUAUUAAUUCUAUUUCGCAAUUUUAUGAGAUAUCUUCAAUAUUUAGUUGUAGAUCACAAGGAACUUUGUAUUCAUCAGAAAGAUACACAAAUUAGCAGAACCAACUCCGUUUCUAUGAAAGCCAAAACUUAUUGACUGUCCACUGUGCUAGCUGGUUAGGAAAGACAUGCUCAGUUUUCAGAAUUAAAAAUGAAAAUAGUCGUCAAAUAGAACGCACAAAUCGUGUGAAUGUGUUUAUAGCCCGUAAAGUAAUUGUUACAUACCCGGACUAUAAGGCCCUUCAUACAUUACGAUUACCGCAAGGAUAGAUAGAAUGUUUUAGGCGCAGACCAUAUACUUGUUUGCUAGUCGAGGCUAAAAAUAAAAGUGUUAUCAUUUAUAUUUACAGUACAAAGUGUUUCAGGUCACAUAUAACUACUAUUUUAAUUUCUGUUCUUUAAAAUGCAGGCUAUUAAAAGUUAUACAAACAAGGAAUUUGUUUUUCAACAAUAUUUUUAUAUAUACUAUUUUGUUACACUAGACUUUCCGUUCCGGGAAACACUUACCUCUCUUACUCUUAAACUCUCUUAAAAGUAAAGCAAUUGAUUGCUUAUAAUUAGGAUGAUUUGACUGAAUGUAUCAGAAAUCUAUUGAAACAAGCUAUAAGAUCACGCAAAAUUAACCAUCUUAUAAAAAAAUAAGGGUCACAACUUAGUGAGGGAAUAGUGUGCCGUAUGGCACUCUCGGUUUUGGUGUAUCUGAGAAAUCUAGUGCCCUGGGGCACUUCCGAUUUGGGAAGGCAAGUCUGUUAAGUAUCGUAAUGUAAGAAGGGUGCUUAGUGUCCUUGUAUAAAAUAUAGGCUAGUUUAAAUCGUUAGAGUCAACAUAGUGCAGUGAUGUUAAAAUGUUUGGUUAGUAUAAUUAUAAUAUCUUUCCAGUCUGUAUUGAGUGUCUUCCCUCCCUUUGAUAAUAUAAAUAUAUUUUGAAUGUGGUGAAUAGGAAUAGAUUUAUGCUAUAUUUAAAAUAACAUCUCAAUGUAUUCUAUUCGCUUUCAAUGUCCUGUUCACUUCUUUCAGCACUUUUGUUAGUCUUGUGACAACGAUGAAAUGUCAAGUUUUGUAGUUUAAGAUAUAAGUUGUAUUGUUAAUCUUUUUUAUUUAGCUCUUUGGAUAUGAACUGUGUAAUAUUAAGUAGAAUAAACUAAUCUCGGCUUCAGGAUUUUAAUGCUAGCAUUUAAUGCUUACUGGGAAUAAGUUGUUAUUGAAAUUUAUAUUGUUAUGUAAUGGUUUUUUCUCGUCAAAUCCAACUCGGAUGGGCAGCGUUCGGGAAGCUUCGUAAAAUCUUCUCGUCCCAAAUACCACAGUGUCUGAAGAUGAAGGUUUUUAACCAGGGUGUGUUGCCAAUGAUGACUUACGGUACGCAGAUGUGGUCGCUAACUAUGGGCCUUAUGAGAAAGCUCAUGGUCGCUCAGAGGUCAAUGGAGAGGGCUAUGCUCGAAGUUUCCCUGCGAGAUCGAAUCAGAAAUCCGUAGGAAAACCAAAGCUACCGACAUAGUCUAAAUGAUUGCGAAACUGAUGUGGGAGUGGGCAGGGCACAUAGUUAGACGGACAGAUGGCCGUUGGGGCAGUAAAGUCCUCGAAUGGCGACCACGUAACGGAAGACGCAGUGUUGGUAGGCCCCCCACAAGAUGUACCGACAAUCUGGUCAAGAUCGCUGGAAUACGUUGGAUGAGGGCAGCGCAUCUUUGGGGGAGGCCUUUGUCCAGCUUUGAUGAUUAUGUAUUGGUGCUAGAUGGUUUGGUGCACGUGGUGCAAUCCUUGUUACUUGGAGGCGGCGACAUAGCCCAAGGGCCAAUAGGGGUUAUGCAUGUUUUAUACCGCUGUGAUGUAAAAUGAUUUAUUAAUAUGGUGUGAUGAACCCAGUUGAACUCUAUUUACGUAAAGUGCUACAGGUGUAACAAUGAUCGAAUCUUGUGCUAAAACUUCUGAACAAAGUAUUUUUAUUGAUUAACGCGAGUGUUACAAUAAAACACUAAAAAUAAAAUUAAAAAUAGUUUAAAUAAUUAAACUAAAUAUAAAAUAAUUUAAAUGAUUAAAACGGGUGUUUUUACAUUCGAUUUUUGCGUAAAAGUUACAUUUAACGCAAAAUCUAAUAUAAAAACACAGUUACAAUUUACACGCGUUUUAAUCCUUUAAAAAGUGUUAUAUUUAAACUUAUAAACAGUUUAUAAAAGUCCAUAAUAAUAUUUAACGCUACAAAAGUAAAACAGUUCACCUAGCUGCCAUUUUGGUGCGCUUGAUGUGACGUCAUAGUAUAUGACUUUAUUGUCACUCACAUACGUUGGGCUAACUUGCCUACAUACAAAUGAUUUAUUAAAAAAUUAUCAAUUAUGCAUAUACCCUGUUGGUUCCCGAAGAUUCUGACAGCUUAUUUACUAUAUAAUUGUUUUCUUUCUUGUUCUCUUUAAAAUGUACGAAAUAAUCGAAGCACGACGCAACUUAUUUCUAAUGUAGUUUUGAAGAGUGGUUAUAUUAUAUAUUUGUGCUUCAUAUGUUUUAAAGUUGUUGAUACAUUUACUUUAUGAUGUGAAGGCGGAAAUAUGACCUCAGAAUUAUACAAAUAUAAUAUUAUGAGCAAUAGACAUCAUUUAGAUGUGUUUUGGGCUGUGUGGUCGAUGCGAGGUGGUCAUUGCAAAUUCUUUGUUUAUUGAAACGCCACUCGCGUUUAAGCCUCGCUUACAACCAUGGACUUAUCAUUCAAAAAGGACUGAUUACUGAUAGCAAAAAGAUAUGAAAUGAGAUAUAUAUACACUACAAUUCAUUCACCACCAUGACUACAAUGAGUUCCAGUAGUAAAAUAAAAUUAAACAUGAGAUUUAAAAAUAUCAUUUAAUCAAUUAAACACCUUUUAUUCAUUUAAUUAUCAUAAUAAAAGUGUAAUAUCUAGGGUUAUUCAUUACAAAAUUUUCAUGAACCACAUUUCUUAGGCAGGCAAGAUAAACCAUCGAGACACAGACCUUCGUUGUAGCUGUUCUUGUUGGAACGGUCUCUGGUUUAAAAUUUAUGAUAAACAGAUGUUCCAUCUAAAGUAUCUUAUGUGUAAAUAUAUAAGUUCAAUUUAAUCAGUUCUUUUAGAAAUGAUAGGUCUAUGGUUACUAAAGACCACAAAUCUUAAAAAAUAUUACUAUCAAAAUGAUCGCCAACCGUACAUUUGUAUGAAUGAAGAGGAUUUGUGUUCUAUUGCUGUAUCCAUAAUUAUUGAUGAUUGUGUCCGGAAAUCUUGACAAUUAAAAAGAUUUGUCAGAUACAUAUAUAAGAUACAAGAUUGAUGGUAAAUUGAAUUUGAUACGUUUUGGUUCUGGUUACAAAAGGUGGCAAAGCCCCUCCACUUAAGAUAUAUAUAUUUUAUAAACUUAAACUUGUGUAAACAUUGUCUCGUUAAAGUCAUUGAUAAUGAAAUGAAUUUAAAAUGUAAUAAAGUGCCUUGUUGUGUAGAUAAAUACUCAAAUGUUGCAGGUAUGAGAUUGAGCUGAAAUAAAUGUAUAUUUUACUAUUUUCA